ACGGCGAUGACGAGGUGCUGCGGGGCCUCGAGCUGGGCGUCAAGAAGAAGAAGAGGGGCCCGCGGAAGCAGAAGGAGAACAAGCCAGGGAAGCCCCGGAAGCGGAAAAAAACUAGUGACGAGGAUGAGUUUGAGUCGGAGCGCGAGGAGUACCGGGAGAAGUCGGAGAGCGGCGGCAGCGACUACGGCGGCGUGGCCAAGAAGAAGAGAAGGAAGCACCGCGAAAAGAAGGAGAAGAAGACGAAGCGCCGGAAAAAGAUGGACGAGGAGGGAGGCCAGAAAGUGAAGCCGGUGGAGCAGAAGUCGUCGGCGCAGCUGCUGGGCGCCUGGGGGCUGGAGGACGUCGAACACGUCUUCACGGAGGAGGACUACCACACGCUCACCAACUACAAGGCCUUCAGCCAAUUCAUGAGGCCCCUCAUCGCCAAGAAGAACCCCAAAAUCCCCAUGUCGAAGAUGAUGACCAUCCUGGGCGCCAAGUGGCGCGAGUUCAGCGCCAACAACCCCUUCAAGGGCUCGGCCGCCGCCGUGGCCGCCGCCGCCGCAGCCGCCGCCGCCGCCGUGGCCGAGCAAGUGUCGGCCGCCGUCUCGGCCGUGGCCGCCGAGCCCCAGCCCGCCCCGCUGCGCAAGGCCAAGACCAAGGAAGGGAAGGGUGAGUGUCGGUGGUUCCCACAGGGCCCGGCCCACAAGAAGCGGAGCAAGAGCCCCCGGGUGCCCGCUGAGAGGAAGAUGAAGGGGAAGAAGAUGGCGCCGCUCAAGAUCAAGCUGGGCGUCAUCGGCGGCAAGCGCAAGAAGAGCAGCUCGAGCGACGAGGCCGGCGAGGCCGAGGAGGAGUCGGACGCCGAGAGCUCCAGCGUGCACAGCGCCUCGGUGCGCUCCGACGCUUGCCGCGUCAAGAAGCUCAAGCGGGGCCGGCCCGGGCGCAAGAAGAAGAAAGCACCCUGCACUAUCCUGAACCGCGAGCGGGGCCCGGUGGUGCCCGGCGCCGCUCCGCCGCACGGCGCCGGCGGCGAGGACGAGGUGGACGGCUACGAGACGGACCACCAGGACUACUGCGAGGUUUGCCAGCAAGGCGGCGAGAUCAUCCUCUGCGACACCUGCCCCCGCGCCUACCACCUCGUCUGCCUCGACCCCGAGCUCGACCGGGCGCCCGAGGGCCGCUGGAGCUGCCCCCACUGCGAGAAGGAGGGGGUGCAGUGGGAGGCCAAGGAGGAGGAGGAGGAGUACGAGGAAGAGCUGGAGGAGGAGGGCGAGAAGGAGGAGGAGGACGACCACAUGGAGUACUGCCGGGUGUGCAAGGACGGCGGCGAGCUGUUGUGCUGCGACGCCUGUAUCUCCUCCUACCACAUCCACUGCCUGAACCCGCCGCUGCCCGAGGUCCCCAACGGCGAGUGGCUCUGUCCCCGCUGCACGUGUCCCGUGCUGAAGGGCCGCGUCCAGAAGAUCCUGUACUGGCGCUGGGGGGAGCCGCCGCCGCCCGUGACCGUGGCCACCCCCGACGCCCCCCCCGAGGAGCACCCGAAGGUGCUGCAGGGCCGCUCUGAGCGCGAGUUCUUCGUCAAGUGGGUCGGGCUCUCCUACUGGCACUGCUCCUGGAUCAAGGAGCUGCAGCUCGAGAUCUUCCACCUGGUGAUGUACCGCAACUACCAGCGCAAGAACGACAUGGACGAGCCGCCGCCGCUCGACUACGGCUCGGGCGACGACGACGGCAAGAGCGACAAGCGCAAGAGCCAGGACCCGCUCUACGGCGGCAUGGAGGAGCGCUUCUACCGCUACGGCAUCAAGCCCGAGUGGAUGACGGUGCACCGCAUCAUCAACCACAGCGUGGACCGCAAGGGGCAGUACCACUACCUGGUGAAGUGGCGGGACCUGCCCUACGACCAGGCCACGUGGGAGGAGGACGAGAUGCCCAUCCCCGACUACGACCUCCACAAACACGCCUACUGGAAGCACCGCGAGGUGUUCAUGGGCGAGGACCCGGCGCAGCCCCGGCGCUACAAGAAGAAGAAGAAGGAGACGCCGGGCGAGGGGCCCCCCGACUCGCCCACCAACGACCCGACGGUGAAGUACGAGACGCAGCCGCGGUUCAUCACGGCCACGGGCGGCACCUUGCACAUGUACCAGCUCGAGGGCCUCAACUGGCUGCGCUUCUCGUGGGCGCAGAGCACCGACACCAUCCUGGCCGACGAGAUGGGGCUGGGCAAGACCAUCCAGACCAUCGUCUUCCUCUACUCGCUCUACAAGGAGGGCCACACCAAGGGCCCGUUCCUCGUCAGCGCCCCGCUCUCCACCAUCAUUAACUGGGAGCGCGAGUUCCAGAUGUGGGCGCCCGCCUUCUACGUCGUCACCUACACGGGGGACAAGGACAGUCGCUCCAUCAUCCGCGAGAACGAGUUCUCCUUCGAGGACAACGCCAUGAAGGGCGGCAAGAAGGCCUUCAAGAUGAAGCGGGAAGCGCAGGUGAAGUUCCACGUGCUGCUGACGUCCUACGAGCUCAUCACCAUCGACCAGGCGGCGCUGGGCUCCAUCCGCUGGGCCUGCCUCGUGGUGGACGAGGCCCACCGCCUCAAGAACAACCAGUCCAAGUUCUUUCGGGUGCUGAACGGGUACAAGAUCGAGCACAAGCUGCUGCUCACGGGGACGCCGCUGCAGAACAACCUGGAGGAGCUCUUCCACCUGCUCAACUUCCUCACGCCCGAGCGCUUCAACAAUCUGGAGGGCUUCCUGGAGGAGUUUGCCGACAUCUCCAAGGAGGACCAGAUCAAGAAGCUCCACGACCUGCUGGGCCCCCACAUGCUGCGGCGCCUCAAGGCCGACGUCUUCAAGAACAUGCCGGCCAAGACGGAGCUCAUCGUGCGCGUGGAGCUCAGCCCCAUGCAGAAGAAGUACUACAAAUACAUCCUGACGCGCAACUUCGAGGCGCUGAACUCGCGGGGCGGCGGCAACCAGGUGUCGCUGCUCAACAUCAUGAUGGACCUGAAGAAGUGCUGCAACCACCCCUACCUCUUCCCCGUGGCCGCCAUGGAGUCCCCGAAGCUGCCGAGCGGCGCCUACGAGGGGGGGGCGCUGAUCAAGGCCUCGGGGAAGCUGCUGCUGCUGCAGAAGAUGCUGCGGAAGCUCAAGGAGCAGGGCCACCGGGUGCUCAUCUUCUCCCAGAUGACCAAGAUGCUCGACCUGCUCGAGGAUUUCCUCGACUACGAGGGCUACAAGUACGAGCGCAUCGACGGCGGCAUCACCGGCGCCCUGCGCCAGGAGGCCAUCGACCGCUUCAACGCGCCCGGCGCGCAGCAGUUCUGCUUCCUGCUGUCGACGCGGGCCGGCGGCCUCGGCAUCAACCUGGCCACGGCCGACACCGUCGUCAUCUUCGACUCCGACUGGAACCCCCACAACGACAUCCAGGCCUUCAGCCGGGCGCACCGCAUCGGCCAGGCCAACAAGGUGAUGAUCUACCGCUUCGUGACGCGGGCCUCGGUGGAGGAGCGCAUCACCCAGGUGGCCAAGCGCAAGAUGAUGCUCACGCACCUGGUGGUGCGCCCGGGCCUCGGCUCCAAGGCCGGCAGCAUGUCCAAGCAGGAGCUCGACGACAUCCUCAAGUUCGGCACCGAGGAGCUCUUCAAGGACGAGAACGAGGGGGAGAACAAGGAGGAGGACAGCAGCGUGAUCCACUACGACAACGAGGCCAUCGCCCGGCUCCUCGACCGCAACCAGGACGCCACCGACGACGCCGACGUGCAGAACAUGAACGAGUAUCUCAGCUCCUUCAAGGUGGCCCAGUACGUCGUGCGCGAGGAGGACAAGAUCGAGGAGAUCGAGCGGGAGAUCAUCAAGCAGGAGGAGAACGUCGACCCCGACUACUGGGAGAAGCUGCUGCGGCACCACUACGAGCAGCAGCAGGAGGACCUGGCGCGCAACCUGGGCAAGGGCAAGCGGGUGCGCAAGCAGGUCAACUACAACGACGCCGCCCAGGAGGACCAAGACAACCAGUCCGAGUACUCGGUGGGCUCCGAGGAGGAGGACGAGGACUUCGAUGAGCGGCCGGAGGGCCGGCGCCAGUCCAAGCGGCAGCUGCGCAACGAGAAGGACAAACCGCUGCCCCCGCUGCUGGCCCGCGUCGGCGGCAACAUCGAGGUGCUGGGGUUCAACACGCGCCAGCGCAAGGCCUUCCUGAACGCGGUGAUGCGCUGGGGGAUGCCGCCCCAGGACGCCUUCACGUCGCAGUGGCUCGUGCGCGACCUGCGCGGCAAGACCGAGAAGGAGUUCAAGGCCUACGUGUCGCUGUUCAUGCGGCACCUGUGCGAGCCGGGGGCCGACGGCUCGGAGACCUUCGCCGACGGCGUCCCCCGCGAGGGGCUCUCGCGCCAGCAGGUGCUCACCCGCAUCGGCGUCAUGUCCCUCGUCAAGAAGAAGGUGCAGGAGUUCGAGCACAUCAACGGGCGCUGGAGCCUGCCCGAGGGGCUGCGCGAGCCCGGCGGCGACUCCAAGCGCUCGUCGCGCGCCUCCUCGCCCGCCGCCAAGACGUCGCCCGCCACCCCCGAGGCCAGCGGCACCGACACCCCCGGCACCUCAAGCCCGGCGCCGGCCCCCCGAGGCGCCGCCGUCACCCGGCGUCGGCAGCGAGGCCGAAGGCCCCCGGCAAGGGCGAGGAGGAGGAGGGCGGCGCCGGCGAGCGGGAGCCCGAGGCCGAGGGGCCCCCGGCCCGCGACGAGCGCGCAGGCGCCGAGGCCGAGAAGCCGCCCGGGGGGGGAGAAGGGCGACGAGAAGCCCCCGGAGCUGGAGGAGCCCAAGGAGCGAGCGGGCAGCGACGCGCCGGAUGGGAAGCGAGAGGAGCCGCAGGCCGAGAAGGAGCCGAAGGGCGGCGGCGGCCUCCUCAAGGAGGAGACGCGAGCGGCCAACGGGCGCCGGGAGGACAAGGCCGAGAAGCCGCGGUUCAUGUUCAACAUCGCCGACGGCGGCUUCACGGAGCUGCACACGCUGUGGCAGAACGAGGAGCGCGCCGCCGUCUCCUCCGGGAAGCUCAACGAGAUCUGGCACCGGCGCCACGACUACUGGCUCCUCGCCGGCAUCGUCCUGCACGGCUACGCCCGCUGGCAGGACAUCCAGAACGACGGGCAGUUCGGCGUCAUCAACGAGCCCUUCAAGACGGAGGCCAACAAGGGCAACUUCCUCGAGAUGAAGAACAAGUUCCUGGCGCGGCGCUUCAAGCUGCUGGAGCAGGCGCUGGUGAUCGAGGAGCAGCUGCGGCGCGCCGCCUACCUGAACAUGACGCAGGACCCGAGCCACCCGGCCAUGGCGCUCAACAGCCGCUUCGCCGAGGUCGAGUGCCUGGCCGAGAGCCACCAGCACCUCUCCAAGGAGUCGCUGGCGGGCAACAAGCCGGCGAACGCCGUCCUGCACAAGGUGCUGAACCAGCUGGAGGAGCUGCUGAGCGACAUGAAGGCGGACGUGACGCGGCUGCCGGCCACCCUCUCGCGCAUCCCCCCCAUCGCCGCCCGCCUCCAGAUGUCCGAGCGCAGCAUCCUCAGCCGCCUCGCCAGCAAGGGCACCGAGAGCCACCCGCCGCCGAGCUUCCCGCCGGGGCCCUACGCCACCCCCCAGAGCUACGGGGGCACCUUCGGGACCCCCCCGGCCGGAGCGCUGCCCCCCGGCGGGGCCAACUACAGCCAGAUGCCGCCCGGCUCCUUCAUCACCG